ACUCCAUCGUGACGGCAACGUACACCUUGAAACAAUUUAGUCCGUUUUUUGUGUGUUUGUAUUUUACUUGUGUCCUGUGCAAUUAUCCUUUUUUUAUGAUAAUUUUUGUGUUCAUGUCCUUAUGUAUGCAGCUGUCGUGUAAAUUUUGCACGAAUCGAUGAUAUAUCGAAAAAUAAAUGCUAUGACGAUCAUUAAUUGCUGCAUAACCUAUCGUGUUGAAGCCAGCCAAUCACAACACAGCUUCAUGCAGCCUCCCGCUACGUAGUUUUGAGUCGCAUAUUUGACUUUUUAAAAGCAACAACGGCGGCGUACAUAUGACACAUGAGAUAACAUAAUAAAGUUCUUAGUGCUCAUUUCAACGAGUUUCAUUAUCACGUUUAUAUUAUGUGGGAUUGUGAUAUAAGGUAAUGGUUAAGUUUUGUGUUACUGCGAAUGGAACUCGGACAUUGCUGUUGAUUAUAUGUUCAAUAAGUUAUUUACUUGUUGGGGCCGCUGUCUUCAGUGCCUUGGAGUAUGAUGAGUAUCAAAAGAGACGAGUGAAAAUGGAGAAAGAUAUUGUUGAAUUUCGAAGCAAGUAUAAUGUGACUGCUGAAGAUUUCGGGAAAUGGGCAGAGUUUAUGCAAAGUCAAAAGGCGACAAAAGUUAACGUGGAAUCGUGGAGUUUUGCCGGUUCAGUUUACUUUGCGACAACUGUUAUCACUACAAUAGGCUAUGGUCAUACUGUGCCAAAGACUAAUUUAGGAAAGUUAUUUUGUAUAAUCUACGCAACAAUAGGAGUACCUUUGGCCAUCACAUCACUUCAGUCGAUUGGAGAAAGAUUUAAUGCCCUUGUAAAGUACAUUUACCGUUUAGUCAUGAGUAAACUCAAAAAGAAACAUGAAAUAAGCACAAACGGCUUGGCUGUCGUGGGCUUAGUUAGUCUUGCCUUGACCGUGUCUUUUGGUGCUGCGCUAUUUAGUUAUUACGAAAACUGGUCGUACUUUGAAUCAUUUUAUUACUGUUUUAUCACGGUGACAACUAUUGGUUUUGGUGAUUUUGUCGCCUUACAAGAAAGUGACAACGAUAGGUUCAGUGUGUUUUAUAUCAGUCUUUCGAUGAUGUUUAUUUUUCUCGGUUUGACUAUCGCUUCUUCAUUCUUAAACCUGCUUGUAUUACGCAUGAUGGAGAUUCGUAAUAAAACUUCAAAACCCAAAGAACGUUUGCUUCCCGAUGCGUAUGCAAAUUUUGAGAACUGCAACCUUAUCUCCACGAACGAUGCGUUACAGGCGACUGAUUCAGAUUAUGUCUCCGACCUGCUGUGUCAUUUCGAAGAUGAGAUAACUUUUACAACUUAUAGGACUAUGUAUGGGCGGAGAAGAGCCUCCAUCUAAAAGUGCUGCAGCUAAGGUCUUAGAUUCAAGUCUGGAAGUAAAUAACCUAUACGAAUAGUUAAAUGGUGCAUUAUCACUUCCACUUAGUGGGAUCGUAGUGUGAAAGAAAAACCAAUAUUUUUUGCACAAUAUUCUGACGGAAAGAUAAUUUUCAUUCAUACAAAACAAAUCUACAGCUUGUCUGAUGUGGCGUCUCGGACGACAUGAAAGUCAAUUAUUUAUGAUCUUUAUGGAUAACCUUUUCUGGUUUCAGUGAAGAUAAACGCUUAUUACAUAUAGAAAUGAUAAUUAGGUGAAAGAAAGCACAAAUUGAGCAUAUUAUAUAAUUUAGUUGUGAAUACACGCAAAUGGAAAAUUGCCUUCGUGUAAAUUCUGAAUAAAAAUGAACAUUGAAUGGAA